GUGCCAGGAACUGGGGAGGAAGAGCAAAAAUAUCUUAGUAUAUCACAGUAUCCCAGGGAGGUUACAAAAUCACUGGAAGGCUGCAGAAACAAGGUUUGGGAAAUACGCUGAGACAAAAGGAGACCAGGAGUCUAGAACUACGCCGAAAUCACAUCGCAGGGCCAGGUCGGUGAAGAUGGCCCCGUUGUUGGGGCUGCACUGUGUGCUCAUUGCGGCAGCCUGCAUGGAAGAUUUGGUGGGCCUUGGGUGCCGGAUGCCACUCUGACCCGAGCGGCAUGGACACUGGACAUGCUGCUUGCAGUGCCCCGCUGUGAAGAACUUGGCCAGUCUUCAAGCUCCAGCCUCAAAAAUCCUAAGCAAGUGUGGCUGAUCGGUGAUGCCCAAGUCACGACCGGAACCUUAGCUGCCGAGGGACCUGGAAACGAGAGGACUGGGGAUUUUUACCUUCCGUACCGGGAAGUGGUCCUUGCUGCCUGCCAGGAUUCAUGAGAUGAAUUCCCCCAAGAACCCUGACAAACGGCCAUUAUAUAAGUGUUAAUCAAAAGAAGACUCUGGGAGCCCUUGACAUUGGCAGCUUCAACGCUUACAGUUUUGCAUGUCAUUAGCUACUCCCAGAGGCCCGUUGUGGAUGGAUGUGAACCGAAGGACUUCGCUGGAGCUGUCAUUGACCAGGGAGUGAGCAGGCCUGCUAUGCCACCUUGACGUCUCACGUGAUUUCUCUUCUCUGCGAGUUCCGGCCUCUAGGUGGAGGGAGGAUUCAGGACAAUGGCUGCUGAUCAUGAUUUGGAGAUGGAGGAUAUGAAUCUGAAUAUGGAUAGAGACAUGAAAGGAGAGCUGGAAGAAGAGAAGGAAAUGAGAGAGGACAGGGGAGGUAAAGAUACCUUCAAGAAUAAAAAGGUCCACAGGGUUGUCUCAAAAUGGAUGCUUCCUGAAAAGGUCCAAAGAACAUACUUGGAGAGAGCUAACUGCCUCCCACCCCCCGUGUUCAUCAUCUCCAUCAGCCUUGCCGAGCUGGCAGUGUUUAUAUACUAUGCUGUGUGGAAGCCUCAGAAACAGUGGAUCACCCUGGACACAGGCAUCCUGGAGAGCCCCUUUAUCUACAGUCCUGAGAAGAGGGAGCAAGCCUGGAGGUUUGUCUCCUAUAUGCUGGUCCAUGCUGGAGUUCAGCACAUCGUGGGGAAUCUCAUUAUGCAGCUCGCUUUGGGUAUUCCCCUGGAAAUGGUCCACAAAGGGCUCCGAGUAGGGCUGGUGUACCUGGCGGGAGUGAUUGCAGGGUCACUUGCCAGCUCCAUUUUUGACCCGCUCAAAUGUCUUGUGGGUGCUUCAGGAGGACUCUAUGCUCUGAUGGGAGGCUAUUUUAUGAAUGUUCUGGUGAAUUUUCGAGAAAUGAUUCCUGCCUUUGGAAUUGUCAGACUACUGAUCAUCAUCCUUAUAAUUAUGUCGGAUAUGGGAUUUGCUCUCUACAGAAGGUUCUUUGUCCCUGCAAGUGGGUCGCCGGUGUCUUUUGCAGCCCACAUCGCAGGUGGAUUCGCUGGAAUGUCCAUAGGGUACACUGUGUUUAGCUGCUUUGACAAGGCACUGCUGAAGGAUCCGAGAUUUUGGAUAGCAAUUGCAGCUUACUUCGCUUGUGUCUUAUUUGCCGUGUUUUUUAAUGUUUUCCUAUCCCCUGCAAACUGAGUGCCUCACAAUACAAACCAAGUACUGCAAAGAACCAUCUGGAAAAAAACUGAAGUCUAUGAAGUGCCAAAGAAGUCCUUGCAAAUGCUAACAGUUUCAUAAAGAGGUCAGAACAUGACGGAAGUCCUCAGUUGCAAAGACUGCUUACAAAAGGAGUUAGGGUUUAGGGAAGGGGCUUCUGAUCGCAGAGGGAGGGAAAAGGAAGAGAGAAAAGGGGAGGAAUGGAAAAAGCAGGGGCUGGCCUUUCCACACAUGUGGUAUGGAUCGUAUGUACAUUCUAAAAAAGACUUGCUCUCCUUGAAGGAUAUGUUGUAGAGACUGCUUAUGGAAUCCACGGAUAUUGUACUGGGCUGAUAAUAAAAACUUUGCAUACCUGUGCCAGACUAUUGAUAAUCACUUUCUGUCACUGUUGGGGUGGAUGGAUCACUG